AUGUGUCCUGUGUCACCAUCAUUUGGACUCAAUCCACUGCAUCCUACUUCUCCAUCAAGUCGACUCACUCAAUCAUUGUCAUCACUGACCACUGCUUAUCAUGAUAAGUCACGGGACCUCAGUGCCAAUUCAUCGCCCACAACUGUGAUGGACUCGGGUGCAGUGCUCGAAUGCUUCAUUGAACUUCGUGAUCUUGGCUCAUCGAUAUCAAAGCAGUCCAAGGAGUCGAUGGUCAAUGGUGACUUCUUGAACGGCCUGGACAAGAUCAAGCAGACUCUGGCAGCACUCGUUCUCAAGGUGGACAGCAUCGAUACAUCAAUGCAGCAGAUCAUUCAGAAUGGCGGAGACUCGAGGAUAUUUGGCAAUAGUGAUGAGGGUAGAGUUCCAGUUUUGACCAGGCCCAGACGUUUCAGGAAGUCCAAGCUGAAGAACAAGUCUGGUGAUCAAACACCAACAAGUGUUGGCGCCAAUUCAACUGGUUGCGAGUCACCCGAGUCAUUGGACAGCUCGGCUUCAUCAAUCAAGAAUGGAUCAUCCAAGAGAAAGUCUGCAGAGUUGAAGCACUGCACAUCAUGUGGCACAACAUCAUCUCCAGAGUGGAGGAAGGGUCCAGCUGGCAAUCAAUCACUGUGUAAUGCUUGUGGAUUGUAUUUUGCAAAGUUAGUGAGGAGAGAAGCCUCACUUGCUUGGAAGCCUCAAAGUGUUGUAAAGGUCAAUGACUUGUUGUGUGUGGGAGGUGUGGCUGCUGCUGGAGGUGUUGGUGCAACUGCAGGUGGUGCCGCACAACAUGGAGCACAACUUAUGAAUAUUCCAAUCAACAAUCAAUGCCAGGCCACUGUUCCCAGCAAUGAUCCAUCAUCUAUGGCAUCAUUGCAAUCAAGUACAUUGAUCGUUCAGAAAUAA